AAACAUGGCUCGCGAUAGUCGAUAAACGCGCGCAGCCUUUUCCAUUGCGGCUCCCUUAUCAGUAAACGGGAGCGAUAAGUCGUAGUGCAGUGUGAAAAAAGUGAAUCAGGUGAUAAUUUUUGAAGGAACGUAGCUACAGGAUAGACGGGAGCUUUCAUUUUGGUAUUAUUUUAAAACUACUUAUCAGCGUACGUCCCAAAUAGCCGAGUCGAAAACGUCGCAUCGAAAAUCAGCAAUCAAUAAGCAACACAAAUGAUCUACUAAGGAAAAACGAAAAGCACUGAAGAAGACAUUGGAGAAAUUGCAGAAGAAGGCAUUCACACUGACAGUAAAUGACUACGAACACAGUUGUUUUCUGAAUAAAUCUGAACUGCAUUUUUUCGAUAAGUGAUUUAGAUAAUUUCAAAAAUGAAUAACACUGGUUCGUCAGGAUGCCUUUUGGACAAAGUAGGUUUGAUAUGCACAUUCUUAGUGGGUUUACAAGUGCUGAGAUGGCUAUGGAGGUUCGUUUACGAUAAUUUCGUGGCUGUUGCUUUAGGAUUAAAUGCUGUGGAUUUGAAACGACAAGGAAAAUGGGCAGUGAUUACCGGGGCUUCAGAUGGCAUUGGGAAAGCAUACGCUGAACAUUUGGCCAAGAAAGGACUGAACAUUGUUCUCAUCAGCAGAACUAAAUCCAAGCUUGACAUUGUAGCCCAAGAUUUAGAGAAAAAGUACAGCGUGGAGACAAAGACAAUCGCCGUGGAUUUCACCGACACUCGUUCCAUUUACCAUGACAUCGAUAAGCAACUGACCGGAUUGGAAAUUGGAGUGCUGAUCAACAACGUGGGAAUGAGCUAUUCGCAUCCAGAGUACUUUUUGGAAAACAAGGAUAACGACCAUCUAUACGACGAUCUGAUCGCGUGCAACAUCUACUCAGUCACCAACAUGUGCAAGAUCGUCAUGCCGGGGAUGGUUGAGAGACGAAAGGGCGUUGUAGUGAACAUCUCUUCGACAGCUGCCCAGAUUCCAAGCCCCAUGUUGACCGUCUAUGCUGCUACCAAGUCAUAUGUCGUCAAGUUCUCGGAGGAUUUGGCUACUGAAUAUGCUAGAUAUGGAAUAACAGUUCAAUGCCUACUUCCUGGCUAUGUGGUGACGAACAUGUCCAAGAUCCGCUCCUCAACUUGGAUGGCCCCCACUCCUCUAAAGUUCGUCGCAGAAGCCAUGAAGACUAUAGGAGUCAGGGAGAAGACCACCGGAUACUACCCACAUACUUUGCUUGUAGGAUUUGUCAACUUCAUCGAUGGUAUAUCACCAGCGUUGUCUAGGUGGCUGAUUACACGGACUAUGAUGAACAUCAGGUCCAGAGCUCUCAGAAAAUCUGUCAAAUCAUAAACACGUCAAUGAAGCAAUCAAAGAACUGAGAUAUCCACCGUUGAGAAAUGUGUACCAGAAUUUUUUAUCAUAUUUAUGAUCUCAGCUUUAUGAGGUUUUGCAUUUAACGAAAUUUUAUCCCAUAGUGUUGAUUUUUCAUGCCAUAUUGUGGCCCGGCGCCAUUUUGGGAGUCAUAUUACGUAGAUUGAUUUUCUCAUAAACGUUGUUAAUAUCAUUUAAUGUAGGAUUUGUAAUGUUACCACUUGAAAUAAGUUAUUUCUAAAUACAUCUUGUUGUCCACUUUGUCGUAUUAUUUACAGUCCUUGUUUCGUACUAUUUGGCAACUCAUCAGUAUGGUCUCGACUCGGUCUCAGGAAAGACAGAAAAUAUAAGGCGGCCAAAUUCGCGAUAGGACAAAC